GUGAUCCGAUUUUGGACUCUGAUCGCCUCAUUGCCGAAUGCUUGAAGCUUGAACCGGAAGUGUUUCAUCGGCCGACCCGAGAGCGUCAGGCUGAAGUGGUGUCAAAAGCGACAGAGGCCGCGAAAGCCGUCGCUCGACUCAAGAUGGCGAAUAUGCUCUCCCAGAAGCAAAAUGGCUACAACGCAAUCAAAGAAAAGCUCGACGACUCAAAAACUCGCUUGCACAAUGUCAAGUUUGGGAUCCCUUUCGAAGACACCUGUGUCGAUAUUCGCGCAAAAUACGCCAAAAAUGAAAACUCCGGCUCAAGCAAACUCCCCGAUCAGGUCGACUGGGAGCACUUGAAAGUCGAUAAGGAUCGCCAAGCCUACUUUACCAACCUUUACGACAAAUUCCUCCGGGAAAACUCCGAAACUGGGAUAAAGCCAAUGGUGAACGAUAUGACAGAUAUCAGUCAGCAGAAGAAGGCGCGAUCAGGGCCUGGAUUUAGAUUGGAAGGAAUGGCGGAUGUAGCCGAAGAUGAAGUUCCACUCAGUAUGGACGAGAUUGCCAGACAGCUUCUCAUAGGACCAUAUGCUUCGAACAAGGACAAAAAGAAGAAACGGAAGCUUCAGUCAGGCAUAGCUCGACAUGCUUCAAAGGCUAAUAUUGGUAAAACUAAGUUAGCUGCCUCUGCCGAUAACGACAAGAGCGAGAAAGCGGGGCGACCCAAUGAUUCCGCGCGAUACAAGUCCAGAGCUUCGAGCCGUCCAAAAGAUGAUAGUUCGCCCACAGAGAAGUUUUUCAAAACUCGAGAUCAAACCUACGAGCGCAAGUCGCGGCUAAACUAUCUUUUGGAAGACAAUCUGUUUCACAUGGAAGUCGAACGGAAGGAUAAUUUUGAACGUAAAUUCAAGGCAUUCAGCAUUGGCAAGAACACAAUUUACGUAGAUGACCUCAGCGCUAUGCGACAGAAAGCGGCGAUUCAGAAAAGAUCCGAAAGGUCACAACUUAUUCGUAACCAUCCGUGGUAUCACGAUCUGCUCAAUAAAGUUGUCAACAGUGGUGGAAUCAAGCUCGAAAAAUCCGAAACAGAGCAGCUAUUGAUUUCAAAAAUCAAGAGCGUUAUUGAAGACAGGAUCCCAUUCGAUCACACGACAUUUGUUCAACUCCUCAAGUUGAUACCAGUGGAUGACUUCCCGAAAGACGAAAUCCAGAGAAUCGUGAGAUUCGUGCGCCAGCAUGGAAACAUAUCUGAGAGGGAGUAUCUGGAUGCGGUCGAGGUUUCUGGUCAUGUGCUCUUUUCGAUAUAGCAUGGUGUUAUAUCCAAUGAGUUCAUAAUGGAGACUGUCAUCAUGUAAGAGUACGAAUACCAUGAACCAAAUUGCCUUAUACCUGCGUUCCAGCAAGCCACGUAUUGGAUGAAACAAUUAGAACCCAUCCAUGACCAAGAGCCAUCAUCACCAGUAUAUACACAGAAAGAAGCGAGCCAGGCCCCUUCUCUC